AUGAUGGUGACACGGUUGUGAGUUUUUUUGACUACCCCUUUGUGUUUUGCAGGUCAGCUGUCACUCCUCCUGGAUGGUUCCUCCUUUCCUGGUGCUCUCUGUGGAGGAGCGCACAGCUGUCUGCACUUUGCAAUCAAGUCUAUUUAAGUUGCAGCUUUUCUGUUCUCAGUGUCGGUGCGUCCCUGUUAGGACCGUGAGUUUCUUGCUUUAGCCGACACUGAGGUUUGCUAUUCUUUAGUUUUUUCUUAGUCUUCUGCUUUUUGUCCUUUAGCAGUUUUCCCUCUGUGAGGUGUCUUUGUUUAUUAAAUAACUUACACUGCAUUACCGAGUCCAAGCCUGAUUAUCUCUGCUCCUGGGUUCUCGUCACUCCAGCCGUUACAGAUGGAUGGAUGGAAGGAUGGAUGGAUGGAUUAAUAGACUCUACAGUAAAAAUACCAGAGUCCAGAAAAACAGAAUGAGGUUAAAGGUCAGAAAAUCCUCCUGUUGCCUUAAUUUGUGAGACACUGCUGAACAUUUCAGAACACAAUGAGCUGCAAUCUUUAAUGUUUUAUACAAAUGCGACGUCUGCAUUCUUCCUGUUUUCUCUGCCUGUGAUCCGCAUCAGUUGACAGAAAUCCUGUCAGUAGUAACCAUACUUGAUUUUUUUUUUUUUGCUUCUAUUUUGCUCAUGAAAUCUGCAGUAGAUCGCUAGAAUUUGCUUUCCCAGCAUGCAUCUGUUGAGGGGGAUCCAGGGUGAAGAGAAGGAAAAUGGUUGAUUGAAAGGCGUGUUUCCUCAGCUUGUGUUGCCUCUCUGCAGCAGACCCUGCCUCCUUUGCAGAGGACUUUCAGUCACAGUGGAAAACAUCCACAGGGAGAAGACGGCGGGUGAUUGGACAAUCCGUCUUUAAAGGCUGCCAAUGAGGCUCCAUCCUGGCUGCGUGUUUCCCCCUCCAUCACUGAACGCUCUGUCAGCCUGCGCACAUCUCCAUGACUGCAGUGCUGCAUGCACACACGCUCUUGGGUCUGUUUGCGUGUGCAGGAUGCCAACAUCUCCAGCUGUGGAGGAGGGAGAGAGGAGAGGUGGAAGAUCCUGAGAACAGACGAGGAGGAAAGAGGACAGAAAGCUCUGGACCGCCAGGGAACAGAUGCUGCGGAGACCGUGGAAAGGAGGGAACGAGUGAGGGAGGGGCACACGACCAGGAGACCGUCUGAAGGAACAGGCAGAAUCGCUGAUUUUCGCCGACCGAAGGCACCUCUGUUCGGUUGCCGUGGUGAUGGGCUGCUGGCUCUCUGGACCGUGGACGGGUGACCCCUUGGUGAGUGGGCGGAGUCUCGUUCACCUGAGCCAACAGGAUGCUUUGCGGAUCAUGGAAACCAGUCAACGUCCAAUCACACUGCAGUUCAAAAGCCAAAGAGGGCGGCGCUCCAAUGCAGGUGGAGGAUCCUGGGAACCCCUGCCCCUCAACCUGCAUCACCUUAAUUUGCCCCUCCCACUGAUGGGACCUGAGCUGAACAUGUCCAGCCCCUCCUACCAGGACAGACAUUACUUCAGCCGUCUGCCCCAGGAUCCCUGUGAUGGAGGGAGAUGCAGCUACCUGCCGGACUCCCCACAGGACACGGUGGACAUCAACCAUCAGGAUCUUGGACUGAGAGCUCGUCGCCCCCAGGGAAUGAACUGCCUCAUGGGGUGUUGCGGGACUGACUUAGAGGAACCUCCCACCUGCCACAGCCAGACAGAUGAUGAAGAUUUCAUGCUGGAAAAGCCUCAUGGUUACUUGCCCCUCCACCAUGAGCUGGACAGUGGCCUGGGCUGGACGGACGGUUCCCUCCACCAAGGUGACCUCUCAGGCCUGGAGACUGAGGAGGGAGGUCUGGACGACUGUCACCCGCAGGGCCCCCGUGUCCCUGGGGGUUGUGGGGGAUUCGGAGGUGGCGGCUCUCCUUCCUCUGAGUCCUUCAUCUCCUCGGAGCUCAGCGACUCCGGCUUCUACAGCGUGAGCACCGGGGAGUUUAGGCACUUCCAGAGGCUGCUGGAGAGGAGGAUGCGUUUGUACAAUGCCAGGAUGCAACACCAGGGGGAGCCAUGUGAGAGGCGUGAGAGGCGGGACAGUUGCCCCAAGAGUCACCGCGAGUUGUUGGAGGCUAUUCCAGAGACGCUGACCAUGCAGCCGCCGUGUCAGCGGCUGCUGCACGAGCUGGACCAGGGAGCUCACGCAGGCAUGGAAGGACCGGGACGGGGACUGUUCAGGGUCUCGUCAGUCCAGUUCCACAAAGCUGACCGGCCCUGUCUCAACCGCCACAGCUCCAGCAGUGGAGCCCUCUUCAACCCCUCCCACACCCAACCCCCACGACUAAUUGGCCCGGUCCUCUCCACCUGCAGCACCCCUUCCAGCCAUCGGAGGCCCCCAGAAACCCUACAAGCCCAGCAUCACCAUCAGGGCUCCAGCUCCGUGGGCGUGCUAAGGAGAAGCCGAACUUUGCACCACCGCCCCCCUCCGCAGGAGUACCGCCGCCGGGCAAGCCACCCAGCAUCUCCCUCCUACUGCGCUGCAACACUUCACCACUGCGGAGGCAUCGCCCCAAACAGCCUCAGGCCCACCAGCCAGCUUGAGGUUAUGGGCGGUGUGAUGGUCUCUCCACCUUCAAGUCUCAGCCUUUCCCCUCAGCAACACCCAAGCUCUCUUGGACACAUCAGGGGUCCCAGCAACCACGAGCGUUGCUAUGACAACAACCAGAACGCAUGCCAUGACUGCUGGCACUGUCAAGAGAGAGGCCCGAUGCCUGAGAUGAUGCCAGACAGGGACAAAGAAAUAGAGCUGGAACAGAAGCGACAAAUGCAGAUGGAACUGGAGAAGGAGAAGAAGAUCCAGGAGGAGCAGGAAUGGGAGCAGCAGCAGGGACUGGAGAGAAGCCAAAGCAGAGAGUUCCAGAAGCCCCACAGUCAGGUGCUCCUGGCACCAGCCGCAGACGUCAACGUCACCUGGCCAAAACCAGCUAGCCGUCAAGUGCAGGGGGGCGUCCGAGGCUUGUACAGCACCUUAGAAGGUCGCACAGAUGCAGGAAGUUCUGCCGUCUGGGAGGAAAGGAAAGGACAAAUGGAUUCUAGUUCAAGUCUGAAUCCCAACUUAAGUCUGCAAUCAAAACUUCACCCAAGCUGUAAACCUAACGCAACAUCACGGAGGAACCAGCUGCUCAGAGACCGCGCCUCUCAGCUGGCGGAUGAACGCAGCGGGAUGAGCACCGACGAGGAGACUAAUGCCGACAAGCUGCUGGGCCGGUACUGGAGUCGAACAGAGAGGAGGGAGCACUUUCUGCUGGCCCGUGAGCAAAAGCAGCUGCAGCUGCAGGCAAGAGGAGCAUCUGUAAGAGAUGUGACCAGCCGGGGAGGAGAAGGAGGUGCACUGGAGAGUAGAGGAGUUGGACCUUUUGCUGAAGGACGAUGCAACACAGUCUUGGAGAUGAGUCAAAGGAAGCUGAGUCGUCUGAGGAACAGAAAGUUGUUGGAUGACUGGACAACAGUGGAGGAGCUGCUGACUCACGGGACCAGGCUGGACAAUCUGGAGGACCUGCUGUGUCCCAGCUCCCUGCUCACAGUCACCACUGUCUGACUCAGACAGGAGAGAUGUGUGGUCCACAGCUGCUUAGGUAGCCUUCUGGAGAGUUCCCUGUGUCCACUGGAUAACACGUUUGGUGCAGAAGAAGACUUAGAGCACUGAAGCGCUGCUGUGAAAAUCUCACAUCACUUUGGAUUUGUUCCAAUCAGGUCUUUUAGAGUCACCAGUCAAUUCUGUGUAUAAGCUAAGCUGAACAUCUGCUGAUUUUCCACCGUAGCUCCCAGAUCGAUCAAAACAGAUGGUCUUUCUCCAUGAAGACGGGUCUGAGCAGCUCAUCCUAAAGUCAGAACGUGUGGAGAAGGUUCAUUAGGUCCAAAGGUUGCUUCAGUUUGAUUAACUAGUUUUUGGGUUUUUCUCUUUGUGUUUCAAACUUGCUUCCAUCGUGAACAGAAGCUUCACUGAGGCCCCUCUCUUCUCCCGAGGAGCUGAGGAACAACAUCUUCUCAGCUUUCACUUUAGAUGCCAUGAUUUUCAUAAAUUCAUGUUAUGAUUUGUGCUCAAGAGGACGACAAAAGCUGUGACGUUUCUUCUACAUGACUGAGGAGCAGCACUGGUGCUGGGAUCUUCUCUGAAGAUUCACAGCCUCCAUCAGGUCUCAUAACUGAGUCUGAAGCUGACAUGUGUUAUCGAGUGUCUGUUGGGGACUGGAGAUGAGAAGAAUGAGUGAACUUCUGGUUCUUUGGCUGAUUUGUUUGCAAAGGAGCCUUGGCUGAAGCUUUAGGUGCAGUCAUGUGAACCCUGUACAGCACAACGUGAGUCUGCGGGAUGCUUGGACUGACCCAGAGCCCCUGGAGGAGGUCUUAUGGACAUUCUGUUCAUGAGGUCUUCACCAAGCAAUACUGCAGCCAUCAGCGCUCAAAGAUGUAACAGCUUCAGCAUCGGCAGAGCUUGAUGCAGACCAACAGAGACAAUCGCAGACCAAUGCAGACCAACCCAGACCAACCCAAACCAACGCAGACCAACAUAGACCAACACAGAUCAGUGCAGACCAACAAAGACCAAUGCAGACCAACGCAGACCAACAAAGACCAAUGCAGAUCAACACAGACCAACCUAGACCAUCGCAGACCAACACAGACAAACACAGACAAUUGCAGACCAACCUAGACCAAUGCAGAUGAACACAGACCAACACAGACAACACAGACCAACACAGACCAAUGCAGACCAACACAGACAAUCGCAUACCAACACAGAACAACAAAGACCAACAAAGACAACACAGUAUGAUACAGACAAAUACAGACCAUCGCUGAUGAACGCAGACCAAUGCAGACCAACACGAACCAAUGCAGACCACCAAAGACCAACGCAGACCAACACAGACAAUCGCAGACUUACACAGACCAACACAGACAAUCGCAGACCAACAAAGACAACACAGUAUGAUGCAGACAAACACAGACCAUCAAUGAUGAACGCAGACCAAUGCAGACCAACACAAACCAACGCAGACCAACACAGACUAAUAAAGACCAACACAG